UAAACAGUCACAAGUGCUGACCUACACACACACACACACACCAUGAGCAGUUGUCCAGUCGCUCAGUGCGCUCGCCCAAAGAAGGAGUCCAAGGAGACGGCUCGCAUUAUCAUCGUUGGAUCGGGUCCGGCGGGCAUUGCUGCUGCCACUCGGCUGUUGGAGCACGGCUUUCGGCAUGUGCGGGUCUUGGAGGCAGAGGAUCGCAUAGGCGGACGCAUCCAUACGAUUCCAUAUGGGGACAACGUCAUCGACCUGGGCGCCCAGUGGUGCCACGGGGAGGUGGGCAAUGUGGUCUACGAGCGGGUCAAGGAUCUGGAUAUGGUUACCAAGACGGGCAACUUCAUAAACACCUUUCGCUUUCUGCGAUCCAACAAGGAGCUUGUGCCGCAGCCCACGGCCAAUGCCCUGAAAACAGCUGCGGAGAGCUCCCUACCGAAUGGACCCAAUGUCUACGAAGGCUCCACGGGCGACUAUUUAACCCACAAGUACUGGCAGGAGGUGGCCAAGUUGCCCGAUGUGGAUCGCGUCAUAGCCAGUGAGAUGCUCGAAAGCUUCAAGCGAGGCGAAUGCGGCAUCGAGGGCUCCGAUACUCUCUUCGAGCUUUCGGGACGUAGCCACUUGGAGUAUGUCGAGUGCAAAGGGGAUCAGUUGAUCCAUUGGCGGAAUAAGGGCUACGCGAGCUUUCUUCGAUUGCUUCUGCAAGCCAAGGAGGAUGUGCCCGGCGAUCUGGGCGUGCUCAAUGGUAAAGUCCAGCUGAGCAAGCGCGUCUCCCAGAUCAACUGGGAGGGGGAUAAAGACCUGGUGCUGCGCUGCUGGAAUGGCGAGCUGAUGGCAGCGGAUCACAUCAUCUGCACAAUGUCUUUGGGUGUGCUGAAGGAACAGCAUUGCAACCUCUUUUUGCCCUCUCUGCCGGAGGCCAAGGUGCGAGCUAUCAGAGGACUCAAGCUGGGCACCGUCGACAAGCUCUUCCUGGAGUUUGCAGUGCAGCCGCUGCCUCAGAACUGGUCUGGCGUUCAUUUCCUCUGGAUGGAGGAGGACCUCAAGGAGCUGCGUGACAGUGAACAUUUCUGGCUGGAGAGUGUCUUCGCCAUCCAUCGAUUUGAGGAUCAGCCGCGCAUGCUGGAGGGCUGGAUCAUUGGGGAGCAUGCGCGCUACAUGGAAACCCUGCAGAAGGACAAGGUGCUCGAGGGUUUGAUGUGGAUGCUCCGCAAGUUUCUGCCCUUCGAUUUGCCGCAACCAAAGAACUUCCUGCGCACCCAAUGGCACUCGAAUCCCCAUUUCCGUGGCAGCUACAGCUUCCGCAGCACCUACACUGAUGAGCUACAGACCGGCCCCUGGGACCUGGAGGCGCCUCUGACCAAUGCUUGCGGCAAGCCAAGACUGCAAUUCGCUGGCGAGGCUUCCAGCAGGGCCCACUACUCGACGGUGCAUGGCGCCACGGAGACGGGCUGGCGGGAGGCGGAUCGCCUGAACGAAUACUAUGCCCGAGCGAGCGGUGCUGUGGCCCGAAUUUGAAAUUCGAGAGCGAAUGCAACCAGCUAACUAGAUCAGUUCAAAUGAACUGAAUUGGCUAAUUCCUGGUUCAAAAUUCAAGCAUGAGAAAAUAUACGACAAUUUCUGAAACAUCCAA